UCUAUAUUCUCUCGAGCUGUCAUCGACAUCGUCAGCUGAUUGCAUCAUAUUAUUCGACAUGACAAUUCUGGUGGACCAAAAUCAUGGAAAAGGGGGACAACAGAUCGCGAAACGACACUGUUCUGACGAUCAACAUUUCAUCAAGCGUAUUUAGUGCCUUGUUAUUUUUAUUGGGUGGAGUGGUGAGCGCGAUACUCGUAUCAAACCUUGGAAUAUUUUUACCCACGCGAAAAUCAAUUAGUGGGACCGGAACAACCGAAUUGUCAACACUCCCAAACACUGAAGUGCAAAAGUUUGAUUAUGGCCUGCGAAAUUGGCCAGUAUCUGCAUCGCAGAAGUCAUCUGUUUCGCCAGAUGUUGCUGGUGAGGUACAGGCCGCUGUCAAUCAAGCCUUAGAUGCACAAUCCAUUGGGAGGAAAGAGAAAGCUCAUAAACUCUUCCAACAUGCCUUAGCAUUAGAUCCAUCACAUGCAGAUACACUCAAUGCUUAUGGAGAGUUUAUAGAAGAAGAAGAUAUCAUCAAAGCAAAUCAUUUCUACUCCUGUGCUCUCAUCUCAAAUGAUUCUCAUUCUAAAGCUCUUAUGAAUCGGGAAAGAACAUCAGCAGCAGUGGCUGAGAAAGAUAAGAGAAUGUUUGCUAAGGUUGAUGAGAAGAGAGAACAACUAGGUCUCCAGAUCCCUGAGAAUAAUGGUGCUCUUCAAAGAGCUCAAGAAGAGUUCUACUAUCUUCAGAUCUAUCACACUACUGCUAUAGAAGGCAACACCCUCUCAUUGGAACAGAUGAGGUCUAUUAUGGAGACCGGAUUAGCUGUUGGUGGGAAGAGCGUCAUGGAACACAACGAGGUACUUGGUCUAAACCUUGCGCUACAGUUUAUCAACAACACUCUCAUGCAUCGCUUUGGGAAGAUCACCGUUGAUGACAUCCUUCAGAUACACAAACGUGUUCUUGGUCACGUUGACCCCUUAGGGGCAGGGAGUCUACGCACCACACAGGUGUUUGUUGGAGGUUAUAUCCCGCCCCCUUCAGUUGAGAUCAUUGACCUAAUGGAUGAUUUUGUUGGUUGGAUUAAUUCAGAGGAAGCCUUGUCUCUACAUCCUGUUGAAUUUGCUGCAUUAGCACAUUAUAAAUUUGUUUAUAUUCAUCCUUUUAUGGAUGGUAAUGGAAGGACGUCACGUCUCUUAAUGAAUCUAAUCCUGCUACGAGCUGGGUAUCCACCAGUCAUUGUUAAGUUAUCUCAGAGACAGCAAUAUUAUGAAACAAUAAAACAAGCUAAUGCUGGUGAUAUCAGACCAUUUAUUAGGUUUAUAUGUAAUUGCCUUGAUGAUAUGCUGGAUGCUUAUCUAUGGUUAACUUCAGACUCUCCGAAUAGCCUUCCAGAAAUAGAAGAAGGGAAACGGUUGGUCACCGAUUUGUGACGAGUAUUAUAUUUUGGUAUCCACAGGGUUUGUAGUGGUCAGGAAUAUCGACAGUACCUUUUUCAAUCUAAAGUCAGUUGAAAAUCAGGGAAUUAGGAAUUUGCUAAUUAUUUAUUUGUGAUAUUUUGAAAUUAUUUGUGGUAUGGUCAUCUGCAAUCCUUAUGAUAUUGAUCUUUUUUAAUUGUAGAAAUUUUUUGAUAUUUCUUCUGCUGUGCCAUAGUAAUGAAAAGUUUAGGUAACUUUUAACAUUUGUGAUUUACAAUUUCCUUGUAAUUGUAAUUCAUAGAUUUUAAAAGACAUUGAUAGAAACUUGCUAGUUAUAGCCCAGCACACAUAACACCAUCCAUUGCAAUCCAAUUUUCACAGAAAUCGUAAUAGUACUUGAUAUCGUAACAUUCCAACAUGCAUAGGUUUCACAAUCAACAUUUUGAAUAGCGAUAUCAAAUACAAAAAGUUUAAAUUCAAAGUCUACAUGUAUUUCGAUUCUCUCAGUAGGAAAUAGAAUAAAAGCAAAGUUGAUCGAUUUCAAUUGUAAUGGGGUUGUAGUCUUCUGGACCCCUCAGAAGAACAGCCUGUGGCUGAAGAGGGUCAUCCAGCCCACGAGUGGAAAAUAAAUUAAUUAAAUAGUCGGCUGUGACUUGAAGCCGAUUUGGAUUUUACUUUGAACACAAGGUUUGCAGAAUUCUGUUUUUAUUAUUCCUAAUAUUCUGAAAAUCCAAUGGAAUAAUACAAUUCCUCAGAGAAUAGAAAUGAAAUAUGCAAUUUGUUCAAAUAUUGUGUCCAUCACAGUGAGAUUGUGUAGUGUGCAACGGGCUUAAUUCAAUGAUGCAGUACUUCCAACCCUCUGUUUUUAUGGAUCUCUCUUUCUCUAUCUCUCUCAAACCUACCCUGCUAUUGUGGUUAACAAAAUAGUUCUAUGGAGUGGGAUUUUACUCAAUUAGCUGCUCAUUGGCUUUAAAUGGUUUAAUGCUAAAAACGCAACAUGACAAAGAUACAUGUAGGCUGAUAACAAUAUAACAUUUUAAAAAUAUAAUAUUCAUUGAUGUUAUUGAAUGCAGUACUUUCUCUCUCUCCCCUCUCCACUUUGUUUCAGCCUGUCUUGUUCUCUGUGAUUUUCUUCUUUCACAUUUUUUGCCUUUGAGCUUCAAAUAAUUUUUUUUCUAUAUUGUUUGGUUCUGGCGUUCUAUUCAUUCAUGUGGUUUUACUCUAAUGAGUGCAUGCUGGAAAGCUUCAGUAUGUUUGUUUUUAAUGCUUCCAAUUCUGCAGUACCAAGCAAUUAAUCAAAUGAUUUCUUGCUGUUUUCUUGUAGAUAGUAUGGUAUUACAUUAUCUUGCCUUAUGUCAUUUGAGUGGACAAUUUUUUUUUUCUUGUCAUAAUUUAUUCUAAAGGUCAUUGAGGUCAUGGUCAAGGAUGCCCUUGUCUGAUUGACCCUAUCUAUGUCCUUGGAGAUUAAUUCUGUCCAUCAUAAUUUUCUUAUUUGUUCUGUAAUAUAGAAUGUUCCCUCUAGUAAUGUGGCUUUGUUUAAAAAAUAAUGACAUUUGAGGCAUGGUAUGAAUGGGGAAACUAAAGGUGUAAGUGAAUCAAUUGUAACUGUAAUAGGACAACAGGGUUUCAGAAUAGGUUCAUCAUGUAACAGGUUUCUGGGAUCAAUCUAAAGGUGUUGUGUAAACUUCCUAGUGUAAACUCAGCUUGUGGAUGGCAUUAAUCACCUUUACACUACACCUUAGGUUUAUGUGAUCAAUCUAAAGGUGCGGUGUAAACUACUUAGUGUAAACCCAGCUUGUGGAUGGCAUUAAUCACCUUUACACUACACCUUAGGUUUAUGUGAUCAAUCUAAAGGUGUUGUGUAAACUUCCUAGUGUAAACUCAGCUUGUGGAUGGCAUUAAUCACCUUUACACUACACCUUAGGUUUAUGUGAUUAAUCUAAAGGUGCGGUGUAAACUAAUUAGUGUAAACUCAGCUUGUGGAUGGCAUUAAUCACCUUGACACUACACCUUAGGUUUAUGUGAUCAAUCUAAAGGUGCGGUGUAAACUACUUAGUGUAAACCCAGCUUGUGGAUGGCAUUAAUCACCUUUACACUACACCUUCGGUUUAUGUGAUCAAUCUAAAGGUGCGGUGUAAACUACUUAGUGUAAACCCAGCUUGUGGAUGGCAUUAAUCACCUUUACACUACACCUUUGGUUUAUGUGAUCAAUCUAAAGGUGCGGUGUAAACUAAUUAGUGUAAACCCAGCUUGUGGAUGGCAUUAAUCACCUUUACACUACACCUUAGGCUUAUGUGAUCAAUAUAAAGGUACAGUGUAUAAAAGUAACCCAGCUUGUGGAUGGCAUUAAGACAAUUUUACACUACACCUGUAUUCAAACAAUUUAUGUGUUUUAUAAAUAUAUGUGCCACCAACAUAAUGAGGGACCUUGUUCAAUCUACUUAUUUUCCCUGUAUUGACUAGUUGCCUUUCAUGUAUCAGAGGAAAAAUAUACAGAGGCUUAGGGCAAUACAGCCCCCAAAAUGAUCAAAAGAAACUUAGAAACUAUAAAAGGCUCUCGAAAAUCCCCAUUCAUUGCAAUGUUAAAACUUAUCAAAUGCCGCAAAAUUAGGCUUCUUUUUUUUUUUUGCCUGACAUGUAUAUCAAGCAAUGUUUGUGAGAAUUGAAAAUUAUUCAGAAAUAUUCAACUAAAUGAUGGCUCCUAAGCAUGAGGUAGACUAAGGAAUAUCAAUAUACCUACAAGUGAGAUCACAGGAAAUCUGUAACAAAAUGAGCCUGAUGAUUAAUGCAUGGCGAUCAGGAUGAAAGGAGAAGUUCACCCUGACAAAAACCUGCAAAAAAUUGCAGAAAAAGGGAUAAAAGAUAGUGGUGAAGUUUUGAGGAAAAUUCAAUAAAUAUUAAGAAAGUUAUUAGAAUUUUAAGUUUUUGAUUUGUGACGUCAUAUAUACAAGCAGCUGCCCCCUAUAUGUUAUGUAAUAUAAAAUGCAUAAAUUUCAAUGUUUUAAUGGUUCAUAAUGAAUAACUUUGUUCUUUUGGGAGCAGGUGUAAUAUAAUUUGUCUGUUGAUAUACUGAAGACCUGUACAAUAAAAAACAUUUUCAAUUUUUGAGAAAAUGAAAUUUCAUUGAUUUUUUAAAUUCAUGAUACUUGGGAAGCUGCUCGCAUAUGACGUCACAAAUAUAAAAUAAUUGAAAUUCAAAUAACUUUAAGAUCACUGAUGGAUUUCCCUCAAAUCUUCAACAAUAUUUUUUUAUUAUUGUUUAGAUUUUUACAAUAAACCUUUUUGUCAGGAUAAAUGGUAAUGGUAGUGAUUGUUACCUGAUUGCUGAGAAAGCAUCAAUGCUUGUAAGCAAAAACCAGAGGACCGAUGACGUAAGGUCCUCUCUGAGGGACCUGGUAAUGGGGAUUGAUGCCUUACCAAAGAGUACUAGCACACCAAUUGGGAAUCGAACCCCGGUCACCGAACCCCGCUCUACGGACUGAGCUAUCGCGAGCUAACGUGAAAGCAUGAUAUCACAAUUGGGGCGCAAUUUGUGAGCGUGACCGGCUAGGAUUCUUUAUACAAAUCACUCUUGUAAUUCCUAUAUUAUAGAUGGGGAUCUGUGUUAUUGAAAGAAUUAACCUAAAUUAUUUAUUUUUGUAUUAUGUGCUAUAAGUCUUGUACAUCAAAUAUUUUAUAGAUUUAUUCACAUAUUUAUUUCCAUAUAUUGAAGUAUUUCCAUAUUUAUUAUUUGUGAUAUUUGUCCACAUGUCUGUUCAAUUUUUUAAUAAAUGUAUUCAAUAUGUCAAAAAAA